AGAGUAUUGUUAUAACAAGGCGUGGUUGCUUAGAGCUAAAACCCUUUCUUUCAGACUAGAGAGUGAGAGGUGGGAAAUGGCGUACCUGAACGCUAGGCGCACCUUAGCAUCUACCCUGUCACGAGCUCUUUCUUCUUCAUCCGCUAGCGCCUCUCGCUUUCGCUUCGCAUUCGCAUUCGCGUUGCUCCCCGCCAAACAAACCGCACCCAACCCUCACUGGGCGAGUUUCGCGGUUCGGACUCAAUCUUCGGGUUCGGGUUACUCGCCCCUGAACGACCCGUCCCCGAACUGGAGCAACCGUCCCCCGAAGGAGACCAUUCUUCUCGAUGGCUGCGACUACGAGCACUGGCUCAUCGUCAUGGAGUUCCCCGAUAACCCUAAACCCUCUGAGGACCACAUGGUCAACGCCUAUGUCAAAACCCUAGCUCAAGUCCUUGGAAGUGAGGAGGAUGCCAAAAACAAGAUAUACUCUGUUUCCACUUCUACAUACACAGGUUUCGGCGCUCUCAUUUCCGAAGAGCUUUCUUAUAAGGUCAAAGAGUUACCUGGAGUUCUUUGGGUGCUGCCAGAUUCAUAUCUUGAUGUUCCCAACAAGGAUUAUGGUGGUGAUUUAUUUGUUGACGGGAAAGUAAUUCCCAGGCCACAGUAUAGAUAUUCGGAUAGGCAACCCAGUAGGAGUAGACCUCGGCCACGGCAUGACAGACGGCGGGAAACGAUGCAGGUUGAAAGGAGAGAUCAACAGAACUGGAACCAAGGUCAGGGGGGACCUAUGCAGCCAUCCACUGCAAUGAAUGGCCAAAACUUUGCUUCCGGUGGAGAGCACUAAGAAAUGCUUAAUAGGAACUCUGCUUUAGAAAUCAUCACAUAUAGAAAACAGAACCAUGUUUUUCUUAUGGGGGAGUGAUGAUUUAAGGUUCUGAGGUCAUAUUUUACUUAUGUCUUUUUUGUGUGGAGAAUGGCUGUGCCUGACCAUGAAGGACUUUGAUAAAUAAUAUACGCUCAUAAAGUUAAUAUUUUACUUUUGAGAAGUUGUGUAUGCUCUGCUGAUGGGAAUGAAUUUCGUUUCAGUCUUUUCCCUACAUGUUUUAAUAUGUGAUGUGUAAUUUGGAUCACUGGCUGUUAAAGUUGAUAGACUUUAAACAAACUUUGUUUUUGCAUCUGAACCUGUUCUCAAUGUCAAUGCCCUGUGUUAUGUUUAAA